AUGACGCAGCUCCUGCCCGACGUUGACGCCGAGCGGGAGAAGUGCAGGGAGUUCCUUGAGGGAUUCAAGGCGGCUGGCGCAGGAGGAGCGACAGAACGCAAGUACCAAGCCGCCCUGCAAAACAUUGCCAAUCGGGAGCAGAAAACAUUGGACAUCUACCUUGACGACCUCCAUGAGUUCUUUGCGGAAUCAGACCCUGAAUUCUCGAAGUCCGUGGAACACAAUUCAAGGCGGUAUGUGAAGCUGUUCUGUGAGGCAGCCGAUUCUGCGAUGCCUGCACCCACAAGGAGUGAUAUUGCAGAAGACAUCUUCGAUGUCAUCGCAGAUGAGGUGAACCAGUACCAACAGAAAGAGAGGCUGGACCAGCUCAUGAUGUCGGGUCAGCUGCCCGCUGAGGACCCAAACCAAGGGCAAGCCAUGCGGGCCGACAUGCCCGGUGUCCCGAUCAAUGAGCUACCCCCCGCCCUGCUGCGCAGAUUCGAUGUUUGCCUGAAGAUGCGUGGCACAGCCCCACUGGUGAACCUGAGGGCGGUGUCCUCUGCACACGUUGGCAGCCUCGUCGCUUUCAAGGGCAUCGUGACGUACAUGACGGAUGUGAAGCCCCUGAUUCGCAUCGCCACCUAUGUGGACAAUGAGAGCGGUCAGCAGGUGUACCAGGAGGUCACGGGUCGGUCCUUCAUGCCCCUCCAGACGGCGCCCCAGUCGCCCUCCCAGCCCUCCAGGCCUUCCUGCCUGCAGUUGGAGCCCCUCAGUUCCAAAUUUGUCAAAUUUCAGGAGCUCAAAGUUCAGGAGAUGGCAGAGGAGGUUCCAGAGGGCUCCACACCUCGUGCCCUGACAGUCCACUGCACUGGGGACCUCACCCGGUUGGUGAAACCAGGCGACCAAGUGGUUAUAUCUGGAGUGCUAUGCCCUCAACCCUACACCGGCUUCAGGGCCCUCAGGGCUGGUCUUGUGACGUCAACCUUCAUCGAGGCAAUGGAAAUAAAAGUGGACAAGGUCAGCUACACUAAGGUGGCGGUGUCUGACGACGACCAAGAGAUGAUACAGCAACUCCGAGCGGAGGGUAACGUGUACAACAGGCUCUCCCAGAGCAUCGCCCCUGAAAUAUUUGGUCAUGAAGACGUCAAAAAGGCGCUGCUCCUGCUCAUGGUGGGCGGUGUCACCAAUGAGCUGGGGGAUGGCAUGAAGCUGCGUGGUGACAUCCACAUGUGCCUCAUGGGGGAUCCCGGAGUGGCCAAGAGUCAGCUGCUGAAACACAUCGUCAACAUAUCUCCCCGUGCAGUAUAUUCCACUGGAAAAGGCUCUUCAGGUGUGGGUCUCACGGCUGCAGUGGUCCGCGACCCUGUGACCAACGACUUCAUCCUGGAGGGAGGCGCCCUGGUGCUGGCUGACAAGGGUAUAUGCUGCAUCGACGAGUUCGACAAGAUGGAUGAGGGAGACAGGACGGCAAUACACGAGGUGAUGGAACAGCAGACUGUGAGCAUCGCAAAAGCGGGGGUGACCACCACCCUGAACGCCCGCACGACUGUGCUGGCUGCGGCCAACCCUGCAAUGGGGAGAUACGACCCCAGGCGGUCGCCCACAGAGAACAUUGCCCUUCCGGCGGCACUGCUGUCUCGUUUCGACCUGAUGUGGCUCAUACUUGACAGGCCAGAGGAAGACACGGACGCAGCGCUCGCCGACCACGUUUUGAAAGUUCACAAGACGGGCGAGCCUCCCGCGCCUGAGGACUUCGAGCCGCUGACGCCCCGCCAGCUGAGGGCGUACAUCAGGGCCGCAAAGCAGUACAGACCGACGGUGCCUGACGAGCUCACAGAGUACAUCGCGGGCGUGUAUGCGGAGCUUCGGUCCGAUGAGCAGAAGACGAAGGUGCCGCACUCAUACACGACGCCACGCACGCUCAUGUCCAUCCUCCGCCUGAGCCAGGCGCUGGCGAAGCUGAGGUUCGCGUCCACCGUUGUCCAGUCGGACGUCGACGAGGCCCUGCGCCUGAUGAAGAUGUCCAAGUCCAGCCUCAGCGACCGGCGCGGCCAGCGCGGCCGCCAGGACCCCGUGUCUGCCGUGUACAGGCGCAUGAACGACCACUGGCGGCGGGACGCACGGGCGCGGCGGCACGGCAUCCCCUUCGCCAAGAUCCGGGAGCUGUGCACGGGGCUGGUGACCGACAGGGAGGGUCCCGGUGCGCUCAUCAGGCAGUGCCUGGAGGAGUACAGCGAUCUGGGCGUCAUCGUUGUGCAGCGUGAUGCCAGCGGCCAGGAGAUCGUUCGUUUCAUCGAGUAG